AUGAGAAGGUACGCUUUCGGUGGAAAGGGUGGUAGUGUGGUACACAUUGCUGCUUCUGGCUCAUUUCAUGGGUUUUCUCGGCUGGCCGUAGGUCCUCUAAAAGGACAAUCCGAUGCAUCCCAAUUCUUGAACUAUACAGCUACACUGUUUCAGCAGCGUCACUAUGCCAUUGGGGCAAAUAAGGUACUUCAAUUACGAAAUAUUACUGAGAAUACGCUUGCUGACACCCCUUCUGGGUACAUACAAGACCCCGCAAAUCAUCCAAAACAAAUGGUUACUUACCAGAGGUUAUCUUCUGAGGCCCAGGCUGCCCUUGAUGCAUUGGAACGUGAAGAAGAUCUAAUGCAACGUGAUGAACUAGCCUACAGUGGUUACACUACCAUACCUAUUCAGGAAUGGAAAGAAGUCGUUCUUAAUAGUCGCAGCACACAACAAGAGCUCGAGACGGCUUGCGAUGGGCUCCAGCAAGCUCUCAGAGAGUUGGUGGGGCAGAUUGGAUCUACGGUUGAAAAAAGGUCAACCCGGCACACCUUGCAUUCGCUUCUUGACGAAGAUAGGAAGACGGUGAAUGAUGAUGUAUCUAGUGAUCCUAUUGUAGUUAGUGAGGAUGAUUGCAAUCAUGUACGAUACGUCAUUGCGUUGGCAUUGCGAAGGCUGAAUCAAUAUGACAUGGCCGAGAAAAUAUGCAUGGAGAUUCUCUCUUCUGAUCACUCAAACUGCGACGCUUUGGAGUGUCUCAUAGAAAUCUUCACAGGUACCGAACAACCAGAAAAAAUCCAUCUGUUAUUUGACCAGUUGGAAAGGUGGGAUUAUGAAGACGAAGAAAUGAGACCAAAAGACGGAAAGGAUUCUCCUGAUACUACGAUUACCGAAACUGGCGGGAACAAACUCAAGCUGGUUGAAAUGACAAUGGUUCUUCUUACAGAUGUGAUAAUAGAGGCAGCUUCAUUGCACUACGUGGAGCAUGGAGAAGGUUCGACAUCACGCUACUUUCUCGAAGUCCUUUCUUCAAUCUCUCGCUCCGUAGGGCCGAGAUAUACAUCACUGCUUAUAGAGUCUCUCUUUCGAGCCCUAGAUGAACAGCACUUUGCUGCGCGUUUCAACACUUGUUCCAAUAAAGAAACUGAAAAUACAAUCGGAUUGGUUAUCAGUUUUCUGAAAAUGCUCUUGGCGAGGGAUAUGUGGGAGUUAUCGGAAGACCCUGUAAGGUUCGAAUUUCAUCUCCUUUCUAAGCUCCAUGCUGCACUUCGGUUUAACGGACGGAAACACGAAAGCUACAAGGUUUGUGAGCGACUCAUAAAGUUGUAUCGGAGUAAGUCUGCAAGGUAUGACAUUUCCACAGAAAAGAGGAAGGUAGAAAAUGAGGAGGGCUUACUUGACGAUCUUGAGCCAGCCUAUAAAACAGCCUUUUUCCAGUAUGUUGAGGAUCGUGCUUUGGACUCACUGGUUGUUGGUAAACGUUUGUGUGUUCAGGCCAUUGAAGAGUUUCCUGACGACGCAUCUCCAUGGGAAACUCUGGCACUUAUAUUGCACAAAGAAGAUCCCAUCAAAGGACUAGAUGAUGCCAUUGUUGCUGCAAAAAAAGCCUUCUCCCUGGACCCUAGAAACCUGCGCAUCAUCCUUACUCUUGCAAACUUUUAUAAAGCCCAAAAACGGUACAACCUUCAUGGGAUAAUGAUGGAUCGUUAUCGACGUUUAGACUACCUUCUUGAGUCUGAGGCAAGUGAGGAAGAGAUCAAUGCUGCUCUUGAAGAGAUAGAAAAUAUAGAUGAAAUGAUCCCUCGUGAGACAGAACCCGAUGAAGUCAGUUUGCAGUCUGCCGCUAUGCAGGAACAUAUGGAACGAAUGGAGGUGGCACAAACAUAUAGCAUGCCAAUUGAUAAGGAAGAACGGCUUUUUGGAAGGCAACCAAUGUCAGUACCCAUGCUAGACCCGUCGAUUAACGCUGAGAAACCGAAAAGAUUGGUGGACAAUGAAAGAGAUCUAUGUGAAUGA